UAAGACAUUUUACUAAAGAAAAGUCAUGAGCGAGUCAUGGAAUUAUAGCAUUUUAAAGCAUCUAGAUCUUCGUUUUGUCCCUUUAAUACAUAUAAAUGACCUUGUAGAAGGCCCGAUCCGCAUUUACCCGAAUGCUUCCUUGUUAAGCCAUUUCUUGCCAUGUUCUAUGUUUGUUUAGAGCCAUCCACACAUUUACCAAAGCUUUAGAUCGAUUAGCGGACCAUAGAGCAGUUGAGAAAAUGGAAGCUGCAGAGUAUCACCCAAUCCAAAGUGCCAUCGAUAAGGAAGUUUCGCAAAAACAGCGAUAUGCUCGUUUUCAAGACAGACAGGACAAGAGUGAUAUGCCUACUAACAUGAUGUUAAAAAUAGCUCAUGGGAAAUAUUGGACCUCAUGGCGAGGAAUUCCCGUUCUGAAGGACUGCCUCGACCUUAUAGCAGUCCAGGAGUUGUUUUGGGAGUUAAAGCCUAGAACCGUUAUUGAGCUUGGAGCUUAUAAAGGCGGCUCAGCUUUGUGGGCAGCGGACAUGCUGAAAAUGAUAGGUGUCACAUCACGCGUUCUGUCAGUGGAUAUUGAUCUUUCUUUACUGGAUCCAGUCGCUAAAGCAUACCCGGAUGUUACCUUCAUUCAAGGGGAUUCACUUGAGAUUGACAAAUGUUUUCCUCCAGAAUUACUCCAGGAACUUCCUCACCCAUGGUUUAUAACUGAAGAUGCUCAUGUCAACGUCACCGGUGUGCUUGAGUACUUUGAUAAGUUCACGGAGCCUGAUGACUACAUCUGUGUUGAAGACACCAAUCCCAUAGUUCCAAACUCACCUGGUCAGGGGCUCGCCAAGGAGCUUGGGUACACUCCACUGGGUAGUGUGAAGCUUGACGCGGUUAAGCUCUUCAUGAAAGACAAAGGUGAAAGAUACCUCGUGGAUCAGCGAUACGCAGAUUUUUUCGGAUACAACGUUACUUGGAACAUGAACAGUUAUUUGAAACGAGUGUAGAUGUCAGAAACAUCUCAAUCCCAGGUGAACAAUCCUGGAUUCUUAAAAAAAUAAACUUAUUGACAGGGUUCUGCACGAAGGACACAAACAAGGGGUCGUAUUCAAGGGGUUAGGGUUUGUAUUAUUAACAUAAUUUUUCUUGUUUCAAAUACAUAAUAUCUUCACCACGCUCAGUGAGCCAUUCUGUUUCUUUACAUGUCAAGCUAGCAGUAGCACAUUUGCCAAUUCUGUUAAAUCAACCAAUUGUAGUCUUACAGUUUAGUGUUGAGUAAAAUAAAAGGUGUAAUCAGACCGUGUCAUCUUUAAUUAUAAGCCCGUUAACUCUACUGUACUAUUACGUUCUCGUUCGCCUUGAAGGUAAAGUUUGCAUGAUUAAGUACUAGAUUUCAGUCAUCUUGAGCCCUGUUAGAUGUCUGUUAGAUAAUAUACAUAGAGGGCCCCGCUGGGAGGGCCCCUGUAAGGAUUUUUUCCUCAG